GCGUGGUGUAUUUGUUAGCGAUUUCCCUUUAUUUUCCUUAGAUUAACUUGGAAAAUAAAUAAAUAACUGCGAAAAUGAGUUUGUACAACUUUAAAAAGAUAAUGGUGGUUCCGCCAGCAAAGGACUUCAUCGACAUCAUGUUGUCGAAGACACAGCGCAAGACGCCCACAGUCGUCCACAAGGGCUACAAAAUCUCUCGGAUUCGUGCCUUUUACACGCGCAAAGUGAAAUACACGCAACAGAACUUCCAUGAUCGUCUAUCGCAGAUCAUUCAGGACUUUCCCAAGUUGGACGAUGUGCAUCCAUUUUAUGCGGAUCUGAUGAACGUUCUCUACGACAAGGACCAUUACAAACUGGCACUGGGCCAGCUAAACACAGCCAGGCAUUUGGUAGACAACGUGGCCAAGGACUAUGUGCGUCUGUUGAAGUAUGGCGACUCCUUGUAUCGUUGCAAGCAGCUGAAGAAGGCUGCAUUGGGUCGCAUGGCCACAAUUCUGAAGCGUCAGGCAUCUAAUUUGACAUAUUUGGAGCAAGUGCGUCAGCACUUGUCGCGUCUGCCCACAAUCGAUCCCUACUCCCGAACGAUAAUUAUCUGCGGUUUCCCCAACGUGGGCAAGUCCUCGUUCAUCAACAAAAUCACACGCGCCGACGUCGAGGUUCAACCGUAUGCAUUCACAACAAAGUCCCUGUAUGUAGGACACACAGAUUACAAGUAUCUGCGCUGGCAGGUGAUCGACACGCCUGGCAUACUCGACCAUCCGCUCGAGGAGCGUAAUGUGAUUGAGAUGCAGGCGAUUACAGCCUUGGCGCAUUUGCGUGCCUGUGUCCUGUACUUCAUGGACAUUUCGGAGCAGUGCGGUCAUUCGUUGGAGGACCAGGUGCAGUUGUUCGAGAGCAUCAAGCCACUCUUCACAAAUAAACCGUUGAUUCUCGCAAUUAACAAAGUGGACAUCUUGACACCAGAGGAUUUACCCGCCGAGCGACGGGCAAUAAUCACCAAGCUGGAGGAGGAUAAACAGGUGCCUGUCAUGUAUAUGUCCACAGUGCAGGAGACGGGCGUUAUGGAGGUGAAAACGGAGGCCUGUGAGCGUCUGCUCUCCUAUCGCGUGGACCAAAAGAUGCGUACCAAGAAGGUGGACAACAUACUGAAUCGCCUGCACGUGGCAAUGCCAGCACCGCGAGACGAUAAGAUUCGAGCUCCUUGUAUACCGCAACAGGCGCUGGCGCGUCUCGAACAGAAUGCGGCCAAGUCAGAGCGUAAGCGCAAGCUGGAGAAGGAGAUCGAGGAGGAGAUGGGCGAUGAUUACACGCUGGAUCUGAAGAAGAACUAUGAGGAAAUACCCGAGGAUGAACGCCACGAUGUAAUACCCGAAUUCCUGGAGGGACACAACAUUGCCGACUACAUCGAUGCUGAUAUUUUCUCGAAGCUAGAAGAACUUGAACGGGAGGAGGGUCUGCGCGAAUCGAGUGGCUUUUACAAUCCGCCCGAUAUGUCAAUGGAUGAGACGCUCAAGGAGAUUCGAGAAAUGGCCAAGCAGAUACGUGGAAAACGUUUCGAAUUGCGCGACGAGAAGCGUCUGUCGUCCAGAAAGAACAAACCUAUCAUUCCGCGCCACAAACAGCCCAAGGUGCGUGAUCGUUCUGUCAACAAACUGGUGGAGACCAUGGAGGGCCUGGGCGUCGACAUGUCCGGCAACGAGAACGCCAAUUUCACCAAAUCUGUGGUCGAUAUUCGACGUGGUCAGGUUGCCGUUGGCAGCAAAACGACGCCCAAGCAGCCGCUGUUGGACAAGGAAUCCUCGGCGGUGGUCAAGAAGACAGGCAAGCCGCUCAAGCGUGCGCCCAGUCGCGAUACGCUUGGCAUCAAGGACGUUGCCAUCCGGAAGAAGGCGCAAGUGCGCGCCAAACGCGACAUUGCAAAGAAGGUCACCAGAAUGGGUCUCAAGGGCGAGGCGGAUCGUUUCAUUGGCACCAAGAUGCCCAAGCAUUUGUAUUCGGGCAAACGUGGCACCGGCAAAACCGAUCGCCGUUAAGUGCCUUAGCUUUACCGUUAGUUAUCUUUAUAAUUCGUUGUACAAAUGUAACUGCAACAACUCCACGAACACCUCUGCAUAUCAAAUGCAAGUUGUAUUCAAUAAAUUUUCAAAUAUCCUUGCGAUAUUUACAAAAGAAAA